AUGGCGGCGGCGACAGAGAACGGGUUGUGCGCGGAUCCGCUGAACUGGGCGGCGGCGGCGGCAGCUUUGGCGGGGAGCCACCUCGACGAGGUGCGGCGGAUGGUGGCGGAGUUUCGGAGGCCGAUGGUGAGGCUGGGCGGGGAGAGCCUGACGAUAGCGCAGGUGGCGGCGGUCGCCGGCGGCGGCGCGGUGGUGGAGCUGGCGGAGGCGGCGGAGGCUGGGGUGAGGGCCAGUAGCGAUUGGGUUAUGGAGAGCUUGGACAAGGGGAGGGAUAUCUACGGCGGCUACUCCGGCAUCCGCUUUGAAAUCCUUGAUGCCAUCACCAAGCUCCUCAAUGCCCACGUCACACCCUGUCUCCCUCUCCGCGGCACCAUCACUGCCUCCGGCGACCUCGUCCCCUUAUCCUACAUCGCGGGCCUCCUCAUGGGGCGGCCCAACUCUCGCGCCGUCGGCCCUGACGGCCGAUCCCUCACCCCUGCCCAGGCCUUCUCCCUCGCCGACAUCAACACUGACGACACCUUCUUCAACCUCCGGCCCAAGGAAGGCUUCGCCCUCGUCAACGGGACUGCUGUCGGCUCGGGACUCGCCGCCACCGCUUUGUACGAGGCCAACAUCCUCGUCCUUCUUUCCGUGGUGACGUCAGCAAUCUUCGCCGAGGUCAUGAACGGGAAACCCGAGUUCACCGAUCACCUCACCCACAAGCUAAAGCACCACCCGGGCCAAAUAGAGGCCGCCGCCAUCAUGGAACACAUCCUUGACGGAAGCUCGUACUCGAAGGCCGCUCAGAAGCUCCACGAAACCGACCUGUUGCAAAAACCGAAACAGGACCGAUACGCCCUCCGCACGUCUCCCCAGAACAAAGCCUUACAUGGUGGGAACUUCCAGGGGACCCCAAUCGGGGUCUCAAUGGACAACGCCAGGCUGGCGGUGGCCGCCAUCGGGAAGCUCGUGUUCGCUCAGUUUUCUGAGCUCGUCAACGACUUCUACAACAAUGGUCUCCCGUCUAACCUUUCGGGAGGUCGGGACCCAAGUUUGGACUACGGGUUCAAGGGUGCCGAGGUAGCAAUGGCAGCGUACUGUUCGGAGCUACAGUUUUUGGCGAACCCUGUCACAAACCAUGUUCAAAGUGCCGAGCAACACAACCAGGACGUGAACUCGCUCGGGUUCAUCUCGGCGAGGAAGACGGUCGAGGCCUUGGAUAUAUUAAAGCUGAUGUCAUCGAUCUACCUGGUCGCGUUGUGCCAGGCUGUCGACCUGCGACACCUGGAGGAGAAUUUGCGGAUGGCGGUGAAGAACGCGGUUAGCCAGGUCAGCAAGAAGACACUGACGAGGUUUUGCGAAAAGGACUUGUUGCAGGUCGUGGAUCGGGAACAAGUUUUCGCCUACGUGGACGACCCGUGCAGCGGGACCAACCCGCUCGUGCAGAAGCUGAGGCAAGUGCUGGUGGACCACGCGUUGAAGAAUGAGGGGACGCCGAUUUUCCAGAAGAUUCUGGCUUUUGAGGACGAACUUCGGGCCGUGUUGCCAAAUGAGGUGGAGGAAGCGCGGGCCUCGGUCGAAAGGGGGAGCCCGAUAAUCGAGAACCGAGUGACGGAGUGCAGGUCAUACCCAUUGUACAAGUUUGUAAGGGAGGUGUUGGGGACCGAGUUUUUGACGGGCGAAAGGGAGAUUUCGCCCGGGGAGGAGUGUGAGAAGGUUUUUGGGGCCUUGAGUGAGGGGCUAAUUGUGGAUCCAUUGUUGGAGUGUGUUGAGGGCUGGGAUGGGAAGCCUCUUCCUAUAUGCUAA